GCUCAGACUGGCCUUUCACGGGUCUGCUGUGCAGCCUGAAGCCUGAAGCCUGAAUGGAGAGUCUCAGCAGCAGCUCCUGCAUUAGCAUUUGAUGCAGACUUCUAGCAGACUUCAGUCGGCGGACCCAGUGCCGCGGAUGAACACAUCAAAACUUUGCUGAUCGGGUUGUUAGAGCAUCCGGAGUAAAACGCCGACAAAGUACUUUCACUUCGGCGUGUUAAUCUUGAGCAAGUUAUAGACGCGAAUUGGGGUGUGACUCAAGUUAGUUGUGCAUUAAACAGCUGCGACUAAGAAGUGCAGACGAGGACUAGGUUUCCUGGCGGAGUGGCACUAAAUCCAAAGCGCAACAGACUACCAGUGCACAGUCCACCGCUGAGGUCGAUCCAGACGGACUGAGUCCGCUAAAACUGGAGGGCUUAACUCCGGUGAUGCUUCCGUGUGGCGUUUAAUAAACAACAACCUGUCUACUGCUUAAUAACGCUUCUAAUCUACGGUGUUUGGACCGUUUGAAGAGCACCCCACCACCCCAGCCGUGUUUUUAGCCCAAACCGACGGGACUUCUCGACACUGGAAGGACUUAACUGAACUCAAGAUGUCAAUUUUGCCUUUCACUCCCCCCAUUGUCAAAAGACUUUUGGGCUGGAAGAAAGGAGAGCAGAACGGCCAGGAGGAGAAAUGGUGCGAGAAAGCCGUGAAAAGCCUGGUGAAGAAGCUGAAGAAGACGGGACAACUGGACGAACUGGAGAAAGCCAUCACCACCCAGAAUAUCAACACAAAAUGCAUCACUAUACCGAGGUCUCUGGAUGGCCGUCUGCAGGUCUCCCACAGAAAAGGUCUGCCCCACGUCAUCUACUGCCGUCUGUGGCGCUGGCCUGACCUGCAGUCCCACCAUGAGCUGCGGGCGGUGGAGCUGUGCGAGUACGCCUUCCACACGAAGAAGGAUGAAGUGUGCGUCAAUCCGUACCACUACCAGAGAGUAGAGACGCCAGUACUCCCACCUGUGCUGGUGCCCAGACACACAGAAAUCCCUAGUGAGUUCCCACCGCUGGAUGACUACAGCCAUUCAAUCCCUGAAAACACCAACUUCCCUGCUGGAAUUGAGCCCCAGAGCAACUACAUACCAGAAACGCCACCACCAGGCUACCUCAGCGAGGAUGGAGAGACCAGCGAUCACCAGAUGACCCACAGCAUGGACACAAGCUCUCCAAACUUGUCACCUAACCCUGUUUCACCCACACACAGCAACUUAGACCUUCAGCCAGUGACAUAUUGUGAGCCAGCCUUCUGGUGCUCUAUUUCAUACUAUGAGCUGAACCAGCGAGUAGGAGAGACCUUCCACGCCUCACAGCCCUCACUGACAGUGGAUGGCUUCACGGACCCCUCCAACUCAGAGCGUUUCUGCCUUGGCCUGUUGUCCAACGUCAACCGCAAUGCAUCUGUGGAGCUGACACGCAGACAUAUCGGCCGUGGUGUGCGGCUGUAUUACAUUGGAGGAGAAGUGUUUGCUGAGUGUCUCAGCGACAGCGCCAUCUUUGUCCAGAGCCCCAACUGUAACCAACGCUACGGCUGGCACCCUGCCACGGUCUGCAAGAUACCCCCAGGAUGUAACCUGAAGAUCUUCAACAACCAGGAGUUUGCUGCCCUGCUGGCCCAGUCAGUCAACCAGGGGUUUGAGGCUGUGUACCAACUCACCAGGAUGUGCACCAUCCGCAUGAGCUUUGUCAAGGGCUGGGGAGCUGAGUACAGGCGACAGACAGUGACCAGCACCCCCUGCUGGAUCGAGCUCCACCUGAACGGCCCCCUGCAGUGGCUCGACAAAGUGCUCACACAAAUGGGCUCCCCAAGCAUCCGCUGCUCCAGCGUCUCUUAGGGGAGACCCCUCAUCCUCCCACUUCCUGUACAACACGUCUCCUGUCAAUGACUAAAAAACAUACAGACUUCAUGCAGACAAGAACAGCUACACAAGUACGGAAGGAUGAUGAACUCCUCACCUCAUUCAGCCAGUCCUCAUUCUGUAACUUAGUCCUUCCUCCCCACCAGCUGUCAGUAGCACUUUUUAUAUACAUGUUGUUUGUGGCAAAAGGGGACAAGUGCAUUAAAGCAGUACCGUGUUAGUAUGAUCUCCACAUUUUGUCCAGAAUUAUUUUGAUGGCAAUUUUUUUCUUUGGCAUCUAUGUGCCAGAAAGGCUGUAGCAAUGGGAGGAGGCUUUUUUUCCAAUUAAGAGAUUCUUAUUUUCUUUGCUUCUUUUGUUGAAAUUUAAUUUUCAUGAUUUUUACGAUAUCUUUUGUACAGAUGUUAAAAGUGAAUCAUGGAUUUUAAAAAAAAGAAUUUAAUUUUUUAAGCAUUAAUAACAAUUUUGUAAAGCAUGUGUAAGAUCAUGUUAAAUGCAUUUCACUUGACUUUGUUUCUGUAUUUGGGCAUUUGAUAGGUUAUGAAGAUAAUGGAAUAAUGGAAAUGGUCAAACAUCAGUUGUUAACACUGUGUGAAGGAAUAUACUGUAAACCUAGUUCAAAUAUUUGUUUAUUUCAUACUGUUAUUUUAUGUAGCCUUUGUUACUCUGAGAAGGCAAAUAACAGGGCGUUUAAAGGCGCUAUAUGUAGGUUUUUGCGAUCGCUACAUAGCCAACGUUGACACUAUCAGCUGUUUACUUACCAAGAGCUUCAGCCAUUAUUGCGUUUAUGAGACAAGAGGUUAGAAUAUGUUUUCUGGGCAGAGCUACAUCUUCAUCCUCUCAUGUUGGACUGAGGGUAGCCUGGACUGGAAUAUUACAAGAUGGGAAGGUCAGCUGGUUUGCCUGCUAACUUCAGUAGAAGAAUUAGAAGCAAAACAAAAGUUAACACUGGCAUAAAGGAAUAAUGUUUGAUGGUGAACUUGCAACAUUUCCUCUAGACUGGUAUGUGAACAGCUGUUAAUGCUAACAUUGACUUUGUAGCGAUAGCAAAACUUACAUGUAGCACCUUUGACUACAUCCUUGAGUUUCAGACAGAAACAAAUGAUAAACCAAGGAAUCAAGUUUAGAUGAAACUUUUUCCCCCUCUGAUAGCUGUAAACCAUUCACUGAUUUGAACUGUGGGCCAAAUUACUCUGAUACAGCAGUCUGAUGCUUCAUGAUACAGUAAAGCAGAGAGGAGUCACAACUCUUUAAACCCGUAUGUAAGUAUUUAAAGAUCAUCAUCAGGAGGAUGAUGCACUUUUGUAAAAUGUUAAUAUUCUAGUAAGGCAAUGUGGACAAAGUACAUUCAGUGUAGUUCAUAGCUUCAGUAGUGCUUGUCAGAGGGCUAUGUGAAAUAUAGCCUGCAUUCAUUUCAGGAAGCUUUGCCAAUUUGCAAAAUAUAUUUGCAGCAUUGUAUUGUGUAGUAUCUAGUACAUACAGUAAUAGGCAUUUACACAGAACUUGAAACAUCUCACAUACUGUACUAUUCUGCAAACCUUUAGUUAAAUUACGAACAUGCAAAAUGUAGUUGGAGCACUUAUGUGUGUGACAGGAAAACUCUGUAGAAAGCUUUCAAGCGUAAAGAGAGCAGGAAGAUGCCUUUGCUUUUUAAAUUUUCUCUCUCAGCAGUCCAUAACAUUGGUCUUAUUUUUAACCAUCAGUAAUAUUGACUCUUUGCACACUCAGGACCGUUAAAAAAAAUGAUGUACAGAAACCAGUGAAAAUGACAGAUGCAUGACUCUUGAGACUUAAAAAGUCUAUUUUGCUACCAGUUAUUUUUGUAGGACAAUAAGGUGAUAAUGUGUUGACGACUUUGUCCUCUUGUCUUUUUGCAUGACAUGACAGAAAAUACUGCUGGCAGGUCUGGGGAUACUAACCUUGUAUUUUUCUACCUGUGAGGAUGAGGCAGUGUCAGUACAAAGCACAGCUUUUUACAAAGGGAAAUGUUUAGAUAGACAGAGGCAUGUAAAUAACAGUAGCUCCUCAAAAUCUGAUGUCCCUAUUUUUAAGGUCUAUGUACAUGUGGUACAUACAUGUGUUAUUAUGUGACCAUUAACCUUUAUAAUGUUAAUGGUAAUUUUGGAAGCAGGAGAACAAAAAAUAAGCUUAAAAUGCAAAAACAAACAAAAAAAAAGUUGGGAAAAGCUAUUGGUGAAAUAGAAAAGCAUAGUCUUAGCUUUGGUCCCAUUUCCUUUCAGCCACCCACUGUGGUGGAAGUGGAUCGAUUUCCUUCUGGUUCCAUAACACUAGACAAAGACACAGUGGGUGAACAUGGACAAUAUUUUGAAUCUUUUUACAGUACUUAUUUACGUUAACCCAGCUUUUGAUGUUAAUGCCCAGUGGUGCUAAUCUUUAAGAUUUUAGGGACUCAAGAGAACAAGCAAAGCCAUGAGAUUUUUACUUUUACUUAAAGCUGGUAGAUUUUUGAUCUCUGUUAAUUAACGAUGACGACUUGUGAAUCUUCUAACUAUAAUGUUGGAUUGUUUCAGAAACAGUAGUAUCUACCAAUCUGAGACAAGACAGCUCUUUGUAGAGCUUCUGGUGUCCUUGAACACAGCAGUCCUCAUCCUAAUGGGCUCUUAAACCCCAUAGUCAAUGUAAUUACCCAGUAGGGAAUAUUUUGCAAGCAAAUUUGUCAUUUUUAUACACUCUUCAAGUUAUAGUGCUUGUGUUUUUUCCCCCUUGUUUAAAAUUUUCACUGUAAUCGUUACUAUUAGUUGUGAUUUAUGCUUUUGUGCUGUUUUAGAUGUCUUGUAUAAAAUUAUACCCUUUAUUUUUCUCUGCCUAUAAAAAGUUGAUGUGAUGCUUUA